AUGUCCCUCCUCCUCACCACCCUCACCCUCACAACCCUCCUCCUCCUCCCCCUCCUCCCCCCCACCACCGCACAAUCCCCCAUCUCCAUCUCCACCCUCACCCCCCACCAACAAAUCGACGGCUUCGGGAUACCUAUCCCAAGCCUUCGGGCGCGCCAGCGAGUUCCGCGAUCUCCUCCCCGCCCCCCCUCCAACAGCAAGGCCUCGACUACCUACCUCUUCAACACCAGCACCGGCGCCGGCUUCAGCAUAAUCCGGAACCGGAUCGGGUCCGGCACCACCCCGACCGACAGCAUCUUGCCCGCAAGCCCGGCGGCGCGGUACGGGGUCGCGGCGGUGUACGCGGACGCGUGGAGCGCGCCGGGCUUCAUGAAGACGAACGGCAACGAGAACAGCGGCGGGUACCUGUGCGGGACGGCGGGCCACGCGUGCGCGCCGGGGGAUUGGAGGCAGGCGUAUGCGGAUUUCUUGGUGCGAACGAGCUACUCCUCAAUGCAAUCCGGCGCCAGCGAAGCCGCCUCCUUUAUCCCCAUCCUGCACGACACGCUUGAAGCACAGGGGGUCGGAAACGUAUCGAUAGCAUGCUGUGACGCGAUGGGCUGGAACUCCCAGCGCAGCAUAACGCAAGGCCUCGUGUCAUCAGGGAUGGAGAAGUACCUGAAGCUGAUCACGAGCCACAUGUACUCGAGCGACCCGAACUCCGUAAUCUCCACCAACCUCAAGACAUGGCAGACCGAGGCCGCCGAUCUCCAGUCGCGGUGGUGCGCGACCUGGUCCGGCGGCGGCGGUCUCUGCGAAGGAUCGACGUGGGCCAAUAAGAUCCACAACGGUCUUGCGAAUGCCAACUUGUCUGCUUAUAUCUACUGGCAGGGGGUAGAGGUUAACCAAUUCCAAGCAUCUUCGUAUCUCGUCGCAAGUGACGGUAAGACAGUGACCCCAUCUGGACGUCUUUGGGCUUUUACCAUGUGGUCGAGGUUUGUGCGCCCCGGGGCCUACCGAGUCAAGACCACGGGCACCGUUUCCAGCACGGGCAUUACGGCGUUCAAGAACACGGAUGGUUCAGCUGUCGUGGUAUUUGUUAACUCGGGAGGUUCGCAGCAGAGCGUCAAGAUUUCUUUCAAUGGAUUCACCCCAGCGGCUGCCGAAGCUUUUGUGACGGAUAACACUAGGUCUGUGGCCGCAGACACUGCUGCACUAUCGGGGGGUGUGGUUACGGCUACUGUCCCUUCCCGAGGCAUGUUGACAGUCAAGUUAACAGCGGCAAAUUAA